AGGUUAGCGUUUGAGUGUCGCCGUUUGUUUGCAAAUGUUCCCGUGAAUGUGUGCGUUGUCUCCCCGCGAUUCCCAUGAAAAGCACAUAUUUGACUAACGCUUCGCGAGGCUUUGUCCAACGACGGCGGUAGUACGUCGCGCGGUGCUGCACGAGACACUUGUCAUGGAAGCCGUGGUGGCCGUCCACGUUGGCGCUGGCUUCCAUGCGCCGGAGAAAUUGCCCGACUACCGGCGAGUGUGUGCCGCAGCCUGCCGUCGCGCCGUGGGUGUGCUGGAGCGCUCAGACGGCAGCGCGCUCGAGGCGGUGGCGGGCGCCGUGGCUGUGCUCGAAGACGACCCGCUGACCAACGCUGGUUUCGGCUCCAACCUAACGGCUUGCGGUCGCGUCGAGUGCGACGCCUCCGUAAUGGACGGUCGCACGCUGGGUUUCGGCGCCGUAGGCGCGCUGCCGCGUGUAGCCAACCCGGUGCUCGUGGCCGAGGCGCUGUGUCGCGCGCAGCAGGCCGGCCCUCUGUCGCUGGGCCGCACGCCGCCUUGCUUCCUGGUGGGAGAAGGAGCACUGCGAUGGGCGCGCGAACACGUGCUGCCCAACGUGGAGCGCAUGCCCGAGGCCCUGGUGUCCACCUGCGUGCGUAGACGCUACAUCAAGCUCAAACGCAGGCUCGACCACUGCGCGACCGAGGAAGCCUUGGUGCGCAAGAGCCCCCUGGGGCCCGUGACGCCAAAGCGCGAGGCCGAUGACGAGCCGUGGAUGGUGAAGUUGGACGCGGCGAACGAGAGAUCGACGGAUACCACGUCCAAGGGCUGUUCCAGCUCGGACAGCGAUCCGCCUCAGUUAGACACGGUGGGCGCUGUUUGCAUGGACCGGCGGGGUAACGUGGCUGCCGCCGUGUCCAGCGGCGGUAUCUGGCUCAAGCACACCGGCCGCGUCGGCCAGGCGGCCGUCUAUGGCUGCGGCUGCUGGGCUGAGAACGCGGACGGCGACGGUGGCUGUGCCGUGGCUGUUUCCAGUUCGGGUUGCGGGGAGCACCUCAUUCGGAGUGCACUGGUGCGGCAGUGCGCGCGGACGCUCAGGCAUUCGAAUGACGACGGACCCGUUGUAACGCUCGACGCUUGCUUCCGGCGGGACUUUCUGCAGUCGCCUUUCCUCAACGAUACGAAUGAACGGCUAGCUGGAAUCCUGGCCCUUCGCUGGGACCCUCAGUGUGGCAGUGGCGAUUUGCUGUGGGCCCACACGACGCGUUCUAUGUGUUACGGGUACAUGAUGACGGGCGGGAGCAGACCCAUUUUUGACUGCUCAGAGAUGCCAGACACCAUGGUUGCUGGGUCCAAGGUAAUGCUCGGUGGAACGCCAAUCGGAACUCGGCGCUUUGAUGAAGCAGAUUUGUGAUGUCUUCAACACCAAUCCUGGUUCCAGUGCCACGGUGAACAGGAGGUUCACACGUGGUGAAAAACCGGCAGAUAGACUUGGAAAUUCAGAAUUAAGUAACAUCAUCCUGUAAACAUUUUCAUUCUUGUUUUGUACUUUAUACGUCCUAAGAAACUUUGUAAUAGUUGGAACAGUGCUACAAUCUUCAAUCAAGUAUUACAUACAAGGCUCAAUUGUAGGCUUCUUGCUUGUUUCGUGUAUUUGUGUAAAUCUCUCUUUAUAAAAUUUAUAUAUUACAGCCAGGCAAGUCAGCUGGCCCAACUAAAUGGGAAAAGAGUUCCCAAUUUUGUUUGUACAACAUACUGAAUUUGUUUCGGUUGAUAUGCUUAUUCGUAUGGGUGCCCAUAAGAAAGGAAGCACCUGUAAGUUAUUGUGAUGUGUUCUAGUCAGCCUUAGAUCUCCAAAUAAAACUGAACAGUUAUGUUAUUCAGUGUAUUGUGUUGGCUUUGUUGUUUCAACUGUAUUGUAUGCAUCUGUGUAUAAAUUGAAAUUAGUGCAAUGCUGAAAGCAAAUAACAGCACAUUUCUGUGAACUCAAAGAAUGCAGAUGGCGUUGGGCUCUUGUCAUUGAAGUAAAUUUAUAACAGAGCAAAAUAAAACUUGCUUGUAUGCCAGUUGAACUGGCACUGUCUGGUAUGGUGGAAUGCAUGUUUUCCAUCUUGACUACAUAAUAUCACAUAUACUUUGGGCAAAUCGGAGUGAAUCACAUGUUGAUACCAAAUGCCAAUCGAAAAAACAUCUCUCUUACUACCAUGGUUGCCAUAACGCUGAAAUAUGUUUAGACUCUGCCACAAGGUGUCGCCUGUUAAUUCUGCACUAGCUCCAUUUUGACACAAAAUGGAGGAAGC